AUGCAACUUCUUUCCGUCUCUGCUGCUAUUGCUGCUACCUUGAGCAUGGUGCAGUUCUGCCCUGCUCCCCCCGUUGUGCUCGGUCCCAUCAUCGCUGGUGCUCUUGCCGGUGAAGCCGGUGCCAUGGUCGGCUACGGUGUUGGCAAGAUCAACGGCAAGCGUGACGUUGCCGUCAGUGGCUCUAUCAAGGGCUCCGUCUUCCGCAAGCGCGACGAUCCCUUCGCCGGCCUUCCCCAGCCUGCUGCAGACACCUGCAAGGAGCAACUGAACGGCGUCACUGUUGAGUUCCAGAACACUGGCGAGGGAUCCUUCCGCGCCAACAACAUCCCCUCGGCCUGCAUGACCCUGUCCAAUGUCAUUAUCGGCCAGGACCCCGCGCAGCCCGCCCCUACUCCUCUGGGCUCUGACUCCCUGGAAUACACUGGUCUCUCCGAGGACGACCUCAACAAGCUCCAGUCCGCCCUUGACGGCAACGGCUACUAG